UUAUGGGUAUGGUUGAAAUCUCUGGAAUCUUCGCAAACGUGACAUAUUUUUUAAAGGUUUCCUAGACCCCAGUUUUGGCCUUUCUUUCCUUUAUUAUCCCGUGCGCGAUGCCUGCCUGAAAUCACCAGGAAAUGCAGGUGUACAAGCGGGGUGCCAACCAGCAACAGCUGAUAUCUGCAAAAUCACCCUUGAUUAUGUUUUAAAGUGCUUUCUCCUGCUCAUUUUUCCUCUGUGAUCAUGCAUCGUCUGGCCCGGGCGCUCUGGCUCAUCCCUCGUUGCCUGCAUCCCCAGGGCCCUAUUCCACGACGGUAUUCCACGCCGUCUGCAGCAUCUUCGUCCGUCGACAGCCAGGUGCAGCGUUUAUUGGACGGGGUACUGCAGGGGCAGCGAUGGGCGCUGGCGGAGGCCAUCACCCUCGUUGAAUCCACCCGGGCCGCCAAGCAGCAGCAGGCCACUGCGCUUCUCACCCUGGUCCUGGCGGAGCAGCAACGGAGGCUGCGGGAACAGGGACGGGAUGCCUUGUCGCUGCGUAUUGGUGUUUCGGGCUCGCCGGGUGCGGGCAAAUCGACGUUUCUGGAAUGUCUGGGCUCGUAUCUGGCCAACGACGAGCGGAAUCACAAGGUGGCAUGUCUGACCAUCGACCCCUCCUCGCGUAUCACCGGAGGUUCAUUGCUGGGAGACAAGACGCGCAUGGCGAAUCUCUCGCGCAAUCCGCGCGCCUUCAUCCGCCCCUCGCCCAGCAGCGGCGCCCUGGGCGGGGUGACGCGCACCACCGCCGAGGCCAUUCUGCUGUGCGAGGCCGCCGGCUACGACGUGGUCUUCGUGGAAACUGUAGGAUCGGGCCAGAACGAGUACGUCGUGGCCGACAUGGUGGACGUGUUCGUCCUGAUCGUCGCCCCGGGCGGCGGGGAUGAGCUGCAGGCCAUGAAGCGCGGCAUCAUGGAGCUGUGCGACGUCGUGGUGGUCAACAAGGCCGACGGGGAUCUCCUGCCGGCCGCCCGCCGCACGCAGUCCGACUACAUCAGCGCCCUCAAAUUCCUCCAGCCCCGGAGUCAUUCGCAGUCUUUCCCCUGGCGCCCCAAAGUUGUGCGGGUGUCGUCGGUGACCGGUGAAGGCAUGGAGAAAGCCUGGUCCACGCUGGAAGAAUUCCGGGGUAUGGCGUUGGAGAGUGGCCAUUUAGAGGAGCAGCGUCGUCGGCAGAAUCUGCUGUGGAUGUGGCGCUUCGUCAACGACCACCUCCAGGACCUGUUCCGCAAUGACCCCGCGGUGCAGCGACAGGCCGCCGCGACGGAGCACGCCGUGCUGCAGGGCACCCUCACCCCGUUGGCGGGGGCGCAGGUGCUCAUGGAGGCGUACUACCGCCGCAAAUGAAAUUGGCAUUAGUUGCGAACCUACUGAGAUGUUUUUUAAUAAUGAUGGGCUUGUUAAUUUUAUUAAAAUCUUUAUUUGAUUUGAAUUUGUUAUUGUUUUCCUAAUUUUAUUGGAUUUGUUAUUGUGACAGGCAAGCGCAGGGGACUCACAGUGAGCUUUAUUGACAGAUAAAGGGAGCAAAUACCGCGUGAUUGCGG